UAUUUGGUGGGAGAAAAUCAGAAAAAAUGGCGGCGAAAGAGAAAAGAAAGCAGGAGGAGAAAACACAGUAACGAAAUGGGAGACGCAGAGCGGGAAGGAGGAGAGAAGAAGAAGAGCUUCGUGAUACAGAUUCCUUCCUAUGAAGAAGUUAUGGAGUGUUCUUCUCAGCCCAAAACGGCGUCGUCUUCAUCUUCUCUCUUCAACCCUACGCCUUCUUUUUCUCAAGCAUUCAAAUUCGUCAAAAACUCCGAAUUCUACUCCCCUCCCCCUCCUCCGCCUCCUUCCUCCUCUCAAUCCGCUACUCCCAGACAGGUUAAUAGUUCACAUGUUACUGCUUCAUCAUCAUCGUCUACGGCUACGCCCUCAUCUUCAGCUAAUCGAAAUGCUAUACUUGUUAGCAAUAGACAGAAGGGAAAUCCGUUGCUAAAACAUAUCAGGAAUGUGAGGUGGACUUUUGCAGAUAUUGUUUGUGACUACUUAUUGGGCCCGAACACUUGUGCUCUUUAUUUGAGCCUCCGGUAUCAUCUGCUUCAUCCAGACUACUUGUAUUUUCGGAUAAGGGAGUUGCAGAAGAACUUUAGACUCCGCAUAAUUUUGUGCCAUGUUGAUGUUGAAGAUGUUAUCAAGCCUUUACUUGAAGUUACCAGAACUUCUCUCCUUCAUGAUUGUUCUCUGUUGUGUGGAUGGAGUUUGGAAGAAUGCGGACGGUACUUGGAGACGGUAAAGGUUUAUGAAAAUAAGCCCGCCGACCUCAUUCAGGGCCAAAUGGAUGGGGACUACCUAUCGCGGCUGAAUCAUGCUCUGACGGCAAUACGACAUGUUAACAAAACAGAUGUUGUGACUCUUGGCUCAACAUUUGGGUCUCUUUCUCAUGUGAUGGAUGCAUCUAUGGAAGACCUUGCUCGUUGCCCUGGCAUAGGAGAGCGCAAGGUAAAACGCUUGUAUGAUGCUUUUCAUGAACCUUUCAAGCGAGAAGUGCCAAAACGCCAAUGCAUUCCAGAAACUUCAGUCGCUAAUGAAUCUCAUCCUGGCUCCAGCAACACAAAGGAAGAUGAGAAAGAAAUCGUGGAUACAAGCAACAGUGAGAAGAAAGAACCCGAAGUGACUAUCAAGUCAGCACUUUCAGCUGCUUUUGCUAAGUACUCGCACAAAAUUACAAGAAAGAAGAAUAAUAAAUCACGAGAAGAGGAAGAAGGGAAAUGCAGUACUAACGAAGAAGCUAAAACAGGAGACGCAAACGGCAGCAACAACUGCUGAAUCUUGGUCUCUUCCUUUCAUGCUAACGUUCCUAAUUUUAUAUUUUCCCCAUUUGUUUGAUUUCUUAGAAAUUAAUGGAAUGACUUACAGAAGAUAAUUAGUGAACAAAUAUUCAGAAGAUUUUUUUAAAAAGUAGUAUUUGAAAGUUGAAAUUGUGUUUUGAACAUGAAAAUAUAAUUGGAGUUUUGCUAGU